ACUCAACACUCGCCAACUGUCAGAUUUCAAUCUGCCACUCUAUUUUAAACGUAAGUUUUCGUUUUAGUAAUAGAAUAACUAUAAAAUCAACGAGUCUUUGUUAUUUUUAGAAAAGAUUCGGUACCAGUGAGUACGCUUUUAACCUCAUUGUUUAAACUAAAGCUUCAUCAUUUCUACCAUGGGCCGAAACUCCAGAGGCAAAGAUAAAGAAGUAUCGGAUGAACCCAGCACAGACGCAGCUGAUGGUGGUGAAGGAGAGUUCUCUGUUGAGAAAGUCAUUGAUCGAAGGGAAAAGAAUGGCAAAGUGGAGUAUUUCUUAAAAUGGAAAGGCUUUGGUGAUGAAGAAAAUACAUGGGAACCAGAAGAAAAUUUAGAUUGUCCAGCCUUGAUUGCCGAAUUUGAAAAUCAGAGAAAAGAAAGAGAAAAAGAAAAAGGCAAGAAGAAAGAAAAUGAAAAGAAAGACAAGAAACGUGCUCAAGCGAGUGAAGAAAGCGAUAGCAAUCCGGCUAAGAAAAAAAACACCGAGAAUGCUGAUCGCCCGAAAGGAUUUGAUCGCAAGUUGGAACCUGAGAUGAUUAUUGGAGCAUCUAAUGACACUGGUGAACUUUGUUUCCUCAUGAAGUGGAAAUCCAGUGACGAAGCUGAUCUAGUUCCGGCAAGCCAAGCCAACAAGCUUUGCCCGCAGAUCGUUAUCCAGUUUUAUGAAGAGCGUCUAACAUGGCACAAUAAUGCAAAUGGUGACGACGGUAAGACCAAAGAGAAAAGCAGAACGGACUAGAAGUGCUAAGAUUGCAAACCUCAACCUGUAAGUCUUCUGAUGAACAGGCUGUUGUUGUAUUAUAGCCUCCUUUUACACGCAAUUGAAGCCGUGAAGCUUCCGUUUUCAUUUCCUUUUUCGUACUCCUCCUCCAAUCCGCUCGUUCUUUUCUCGUCAACUUACUAUUUUUAUGUCAUCCAAUAUAAUGCUUGAUUAUAUUUGUCUCUGACAAAAUAAAUUUUCUUUGCUGAAAAUCAUGCUGGCGAAAAAACAACGAUAAAAUACAACGUAAGAUUUUUUAAA